UAUUCGUAUAUACACAUAUGUAUACGCAGAUGUAUAUGACGUUUUAUUUGAUUGUUACCGAAAGCACAACAAUAUCUGUUUUAAAAAAGAAUGUUUUACGGAAUACAUUCAAUGCAGGACCCUUAAAAGUGUGGUUCUCUCAGACACCUCUUGCGUACAGUACAAUCCACUAAUCAAUAUUUUUGAGUGUGCUUAAAACCACUGAACUUUAAAAAUGGUCGAGCGAAGAGAAUUCCCAAAUCCCUUUCCUCCCUACCACGGAGAGAACCUUCUUAGUCCCCAGGGAAAGAUUUCUGAAGAAUUUUCUGUAAAGCUGGAAGAUUGUAUUCAAAGUCUUUUGAGCAAAUUAAAUUAUGGACUGAAAAGUCAGGAUAAAAAUGACUUCACUGUCUAUACUGGAGUUACUGGAAUAGCUUUGUUACACUUUCACCUUUAUAAUGCGGGACCAUCUAGAGGAGAUUCCAAACAUCUAAGAGAUGCUGCUGAGAUACUUGAACGGCCACUUCGUCAUUUGAAAGAACAUCGUUUUACAUUUCUUUGUGGAGAUGCUGGACCACUAGCAAUUGGAGCUGUUGUCUACAGUAAACUUGGUAAAGAAGGUCGCAGUGAAGAAUGUAUCCGCAAAUUGUGUGACAUGAUGCCACAAGUCAUACAAGAUGAAUCUCUCCCAGAUGAAAUGCUUUAUGGUCGUGCAGGCUAUCUUUAUGCAUUAAUAUUUGUGCGACAUUAUCUUGGAGAUGCUCUUGAUGGAAAGCUCAUUCUGGAGGUUUGCCAGAAAAUUUUAAAAUCUGGUCAACAAACAGCUCACCGAGAACGCAGUAAAUGCCCAUUAAUGUAUGAAUGGCAUGAAAAGAAAUAUUUUGGAGCUGCUCAUGGUCUCUCUGGAAUAUUUUUCAUGUUAAUGCAGAUUCGUGACCCUUCAUUAAAUUCUCAACUGGAACAAUUUGUUCUGCCUAGCAUUGAUUACAUGCUUCAGAUACAGUUUCCUUCUGGCAACUGUCCAUCUUCUAUGGGCAGUAAUACUGACAAACUUGUCCAUUGGUGUCAUGGUGCUCCUGGUUGGAUACAUAUGUUUGCUAUGGCUUAUAAGAAAUUUGGCAAAGAGAAAUAUCUGCAUGCAGCUACAAAAUGUGCUGAAGUGAUUUGGCAAAGAGGUUUACUCUGGAAAGGCUAUGGCAUUUGUCAUGGUACUGCAGGCAAUGCUUAUGCCUUUUUAACUAUGUACAAACUCACAGGAAACCAGACUUAUCUUUAUCAAGCCUGCAAGUUUGCAGAAUGGUGUUUUGAUUAUGGCAGACAUGGCUGUCGUAUUGCUGACCGUCCGUUCUCCUUAUUUGAAGGGAUGGCAGGAACUAUUUACUUUUUAGUCGAUAUGAUGGACCCUUCGAAAGCAAAAUUCCCAGCUUUUGAACUAUAAAGUGUAUUUGCUCUCAGCAAUCUUGCCAGUGUUUUUUUUUUUAAUAUACAUGUUUAAAUUAAUAUUUUUGGGGAAUAAAUUUUAAGAAUAUUUGUGUUAA